CGUCUUUCCUCUUCCCUCCUCCAUCUCCCGACGGCCUUGACAACCAGUAGCCGUUCUCGGCCGCGCCCCUGCAUGCAUUGACAGAGGGCAUGCUAGCUUUUGGCUUCAAGGUUGCAUGGUUCAUCCUCUCUCUAUCAGGCCUUCUCAGCAGUAUCGCCGCCGUCCCCGCGUUCGCAGAGGCUCUCAAUGGCUACCUCAUCCCGGCGCUGUACUGCCUCGCCAACCUCGUGCUGCAGGGGAUGUUUUGUCUGGGUAUGAUCUGGAGGAUGGAUCCGAUUGAGAUGCCUCUGCCGUUCUGCACAGCGCAAGCGGCUAUCAUGACCAUCUCCUGGCUAUUCAUGACAGUCAUUACCUCUGGCGUGGCCAUUUGUACAACCCGCGCAAUCCUUCGACCAGCCGGUGGUGGACCUGCCACGCCGCUAUACAUUCGAAGCCGCAUACAAUGGUACCCUACGUGCCUGUUCCUGGUAAUUGUGUCGGUGGCCGCAUCUGUUUCAUACCUCGUGCUGGCACUGAAGUUCGAUGCCGUCCGACCUGCCGAUGGAUUGAAUUGCGACGCGACGCAUCCUGUCUGGGUCCGUCUACUAAGUUAUGCUGGGGUUCCGCUGCUCCUCGCCCUCCCGUCAUUCUUUUUGACAUGCACGGCAGCCUACCAAUACUACGCUCACUCCCCUCAUCCGCGUCACAGUCGCUCCUUCGGACGUCUCCAUGAUCAUUUCACCACUGUCCCUCUUCGCCGCCAGUCAAAGUUCAAGCUCAAGCAUGGGUACCAUGAGGCGAAAACAUUCGACCCGGCACCUGCCCCUGAAGUCGAAGUGACUGCCUAUCCAGAGCUGUCUCUCACUGCCACUGGCCCUAGUGCCGACCAACGGAGUGUGACUCCCUCCGGCGGCACAAUCGUUGUUGCUGAAGCAAUACCCUCUCCUCCGGAGUCCCUGUCUUCCGGUCGCGUGCGAAUUGCUGCGGGUCGCGCACCUACUGUCGCACGGCACCCCACACACUAUCACCUUCCCUUUCAGUGGCAUUUCAAUGAGUCUCGCACUUCGCCAGAUCCGCUCCGGGAGUCUCCGGCACAGAGUCUGAGCUUGAGCCGACACACACCUUCCCCGCUUGUGUUCGCGAAUCCUUCGGAAGCAGCGCUCGGGAAUGUGCCGUAUACCACGACGACUGUGUCGGUCACCCCGGACCUGACUGAACGAUUGUACGAGGCGGCGCCCUGGUUGAAGGACGAGAAGGCCUAUUUGCGCCAGAUUGAGCAAAUCCGGGGCAAAUACCACCACCACUAUAACGCAAAUAGAGAUGGCAUUCACGACGAUGACGAAGACUACGACGCUGUUAGUGGUUCGCUACGCUGGGUUCGGAAUUCGGAUGACACAGCCUUCACGGUCAAGUCCGAGCUGGAGUUCGCGCGCACGCCUCAGCGAGAAGACUACGACGGGGCCAUGAGGAGGCCUUCUCCUGUGGAACUCUCGACGUACGAUGCCGCUCUAACCGAAACCCCAAUACCCAACUUCACAGGCAUGGUAUGGCGGAUCUUGUUCUUCCAGCUCCUUUCCUCCGCCACCCAGAUCAUCGCCACCGUCUCUUCCUUGAUCGACAUGUUCGCCCAGCACGAGCCCCCAGUGCCCUUUGGCACGCAACAUGUUGCGCUCCUGCUCGCCACCUGGACGCCGAUUAUUUCGUUCGGGGUGCGCCUGCCCUGGCGGUGGAAGGUCGUGGCUGCACGUUAACCGGGAUUAGUGGCGGCAAUCAUCACGGUUCCUUUUGUCGUUCGUCGGCUCGCGCGUCCCGAUAGGUUUGCCCGCGCCUGUCGUGUCGUCUUGCUUGCCUAACUCUCCAUUUGUCUCUUCCUGUCACACUCUCAUUUUCUCGAUUGUCCUCUCAUCGUUUCCUCGCCAUCUAUCUCAUCUCUCUCUGCUAUGGUACGCUAUGGAUUGUACGAGUAAUGUGCUUCUACCUCACACACGCCGUUUUUUCGCAUAAUUGCGCCUCCUCUCUCACCCACCCUCCUUGAUCGCCAGUCUCCCCCUAUCGCCCACCUCCUUUUUGGCUUCCUCGCAACCGCUCAUACCAUGGUUUUUGUGUGUGCUUGUACUGUACUAGCAGGUGUAUGCAUACUGGCGACCGUCUCUUCCCG